AUGAUAGUGGCUCCCAAAACGCCGAAGGGAUCUUGGCGCCGAAGGGAUCCAGACUUACGCACCCCAAGAAUCAGAACACAAGAGGCCACAGCAAUGCCAAUGUCCCAAUUCUCGAGGGCCAAGUCUUCACUCGAAUCGCAAAUCAGCAUUGGAAAGCAGUUGCACCGCCAUGUAUCAGCGUCAGUGAGAUCUCCACCUGGUUCAAAACGAUUUUUCGUUCCCGAGUGCACAUCAACUCCAGCACUGCCGAGAUGCGUCGAAGAAGUCGAGAUGAAUGAAGAUCCACCGAUGGUUCCGAUCGCAACUGAAGUUCUUUCCCAUCCAGAUGCUGAAGUCGAACUGAAUCUAAACUCGGAGCCAAUAGGACACCUGUCUCCAGAGCGUCGCCCCUCUUCAGCACCACUGAAUAACCGCUCGAUAUCUCGUCUUCCACCUCGUCCACGUACGGCAGAACCGGUAGAACCUCAGAGGGCAUGUUCUCCAACGCGUAAGCGUACUGCUCGAAAAUGCACGAUGGCAAAGACUCCACACUGCGCCAGACCGACGAUAUCGUGGCGCUACAAAUGUUCCAAGGAGGGAGUAUUUUUGUAA